UGUGAGAGAGAGAGAGUGCUGCAGGUCGCUAAUGUGAACCAUAUGAAAAUCCAAAUGUUGCUUAGUCAUGGACCAAAGAGUAGGUAGGAGGGAGUGUAGGAGCACAUCCUAUUGGUUGCUGCUGCAGGGUGAUGAGGAUGAGGGGGGGGGAAACUUCCUGCCACAGUCUUCACUGGGUGAAAACUGAAGACAAAGAGCUAUGGCAACUCAAACCAAGCCUGUUCUUCAUGGAUACUUCAGAAGCUCCUGCUCCUGGAGGGUUCGCAUCGCUUUUGCUCUUAAAGGAAUCGAAUACGACCAGUUUCCAGUCAAUCUAAUCAAAGAUGGAGGUCAGCAGCUGACUGAAGAGUACACAACAUUAAACCCCAUGCAACAAGUGCCUGCAGUGGAAAUCGAUGGCACCACCCUCUCUCAGUCACUGGCAGUGAUCCAGUACAUAGACGAGACCAGGCCGGGACCUCGGCUCCUUCCGGCAGACCCGAAGAAACGGGCCCAGGUUCGAAUGAUCAGUGAUGUCAUUGCCUCUGGGAUACAGCCUCUGCAGAAUUUGUACGUGAUUCAGAAAAUUGGAGCAGAGAAGGUGCAGUGGGCUCAGCACUUCAUUGAUCGUGGUUUCAAAGCUCUUGAGCCCAUUCUGAAGGAAACAGCAGGGAAAUACUGUGUAGGUGAUGAGAUAUCCAUGGCUGACAUCUGUUUGGUCCCUCAAGUCUACAACGCAGUGAGGUUCAAGGUGGACGUUGAGCAGUAUCCAACUAUCAAGAGGUUAAAUCAAACCUUGGUUGAAAUCCAGGCUUUUAAAGUGAGCCACCCGUCUUGCCAACCAGACACACCUUCUGAUCUGCAAACAUAAAGCAUCGGCUCGGCAGCUGUGGGACAGUCAUGCAACCUUUUACGUUCUUUAAUAAAACACUUUGAAAAUAA